CCUGUCGCUGGGACCAGCCGGGGAGAGAUAAUGAAUUAUUCAUGAAGGCGUGCCUAGUCCCGCCCAGGAUGGCACCGUUAAUUAUUCAUGAGUGCAAAGAGCCGGUCUGGGCUGGAAAUAGGCGGUUGAGUCCGGAUCAGGGCGAGGUUGGCGUCGUCCAGCGAAGGUCAGAGUCGUUGAGAAUCCUGAUACAUUCCCACAAUGGCUACUGCUCAGCUGCUUCACUCCAGCAGAGUUUGUAAAACAUCUAAGGAAACUAUUUUCCCAUCCCAGGUCACUAAUGAGAAUGAAUCAUUGAUAAUGGUGAAGAAACUGUUUGCAGCCUGUGUCUCAUGUAUAACCUAUCUAAGGGGCCUGUUUCCUGAGAGCUCUUAUGGAGAGCGCCAUUUGGAUGAUUUCAUUUUAAAAAUCCUCCGAGAAGACAAAAGAUGUCCUGGGUCACUGCAUAUUAUCAGAUGGAUUCAAGGUUGUUUUGAUGCUUUGGAAAAGAGAUACCUACAGAUGGCAAUACUUACGCUUUACACAAAUCCCAGGGAACCUGAGAAGGUGAUUGAGAUAUACCAGUUCAAAUUCAAAUACACGAAAAAAGGAGUUACUAUGGAUUUUGACAGCAGUAAUUCAAGCUUUGAAAGUAAGACAAAGAAUGAAAAUGCGAAGAAAGUCAGCAUUCUCCUGCUCCGUAAGUUGUACAUGCUGAUGCAGGACCUGGGGCCCCUUCCUAACAACGUGAUACUUUCUAUGAGACUCCACUACUAUAACGCAGUGACCCCACAUGAUUACCAACCCCCGGGUUUUAAAGAAGGAGUGAACUCACACUAUUUGCUGUUUGAGGGGGAACCUGCCAGCGUUCAGGUGGGGUUGGCCUCCACCGGCUUUCACAGUAUGAAAGUAAAAGUGACAACUGAAGCCACCAGAGUGUCUGCGUUGGAUAACAAUCUCUUCUACAAGAACAACACGACUGAGAUUGUCCAUCAGGGUCUGGACUGCGAUGAGGAAGAAGAGGCAUGCAGCAGUCAAAUUCAGAGAGUGAAUUUUGAGUACAGUCAGCAAAGUUCCGAGAGCUCCAGGAAGAAGAAGAAGAUCAGCGAACCAGUGAAAGUCUUCAGUCCUCACAGCAAAUGAAACUUAGAUGCGUUAGUCACAUUUACUUUAAGAAAAUUUUAUUUUACAAAAACAUGCAUGAAGUGUCUUGGCAGGAAAGGAAGUUCCUAUUACCAAAACCUUUUUCUAAGUUUGGUGCUCAACUCUUUUUUAAAUUUGUUAAGUGUUAAAUUACUGAGUAUGACAUGCAUUCACUUUGCCACAAGGAGACAAGGUCACCAGGGCUGCCUUGGCAUGGUAUCACUUUACACCUGAGUUAGAGCUGCAACAACCUUUGAAAGUGUAGCCACGGCAGCUGUUUGAAAAGAGAGGAGCUGUUUUCAAAGGAAAGAAGGGUUUUCCUUGCAUGAUUAAACUCUCCAGGUAUUUAGACUACUGUGAAAUGUUUUAACUUGUUGUAACCUGUGUCCUGGAAUCCCUCUAAUAGCUUUAUUAAAAUUCCCAUAGAAUUGCAGAGGGUGUGAUAUCUAGGUUUGAUUUAUGUGUUAACUUCUGUCACAGGUUGAUCACCUAAGUGUGCAACCAAAAUGUGCUCUCCUUAGAAAGCUUCCCAGGCCCUGUUCUGUUGUCCAGUCCAAGGCAGAGCACCUGCUACACAGCAGAGCUGCACUGCAGGAGGCUGGCUCCCUUUGCACGGCCAGUGUGGAACAUUCCCAACGAGUUCUUCACUUCCCGGUCUCUAACCCACAGAUGAUGCUCUUAGCCCCCUCCUUGUUCUGGACGAAUGUUGGUGGACUUACUGAUGAGUAUGCAAUGAAGAAUAAAUGACUUAAAGUGUUAUUAUUUAGCAACAUGGGAUUUAAUGAUUUAAAUGAGUAAGACCAGUAAGUCAAAUGUUAAGUGUAUGUGCAUUAUGGUUAAAUAAAAACAAAAUGCAAGGUA